GGAUUUUUUGGUAAUAUUGGAUAUCUGUUGUUGCACUUCCCUUGGGAGAUUAUCGGAUCUAUCGUGAUUGAAAACCCUGAACAGGUUGAAAAUCAACCGCUGCAAUUACAUUCAAAGCCUAGAGAUAUUCUCAUCCUGCAAAAGUGUGUGUAUUCAAGGUUGCAAGUUGUUAGUGAAAUUCCCAGAUGUGUCGAAAUUGGAAGAUUUAAGGAACUUGAUAGUGACAGCUCGUUGGAAAUUAUCAGACAUCUCAGGGCUCAAAGGAUCGAGCCACCUGUAAAGUAUAGAGAUUUGAUGAUGCUCGUCAAUUGUCGUACCAGACCGCGACAAACUAAUUGAGCCUUGAGGGCUUAGAGACUUGGAGCUUCCACAAGCUUACGACAUUUCCAGAUGCAAGUGGCUACAGCCAAUAUCUGAAUUGUCUUGAGCUUUCCUCAUAUAGAAUAUGAGCAGUUGUUACGUCGGGUAUUCAUGAGAUCACAUUCUGGUGAUAGUUCGAUAUUUGAGACUGAUCCCUGUCCCCUAAUAAGGCAAAAUCUUAGACUUGAUAAAAUCAUGAAUGAAGCUGGCAGUCCUGGUGAAUCAUCCGAAGCUUCUGGAGGCAAAGUGCAAAAACACAUAGGCAAAGUAGAGCGAUCAUGCUGCUGGACUUGUGGCGCUCUGGAUCCCCAAAAUUCGUUGGAUUGUUUCAAGUUAAUCAUCAGGAUGCCUGCAGAGGUUCUCUUAACAUUGCAAGCAUCUCUGGUAGACAAUCUUCUGGGGGAUCAUUUGAUUUUUGAGCAAAUUGAUGAUGAGGAAGCUGAGAUGGUUUAAAUUGGAAGGAUUUUGUCAGAGAAAUGCUUGAGUCGAGCUGCGUAGCUAGUGUUUGAAGGAAAGCCUGCGCUGGUAUGGUUGACAUUACUAUAACCCCUCAAAAUGAGAAAAUGUAUUUGUUCAGGUUUCACGGCUGGCACCAAGCAGAGAUAGUCCUAAGUUCUGGCCCUUGGUCGAUUAGGGGAAAUUGCAUAAACCUGCAGAGAUGGGAUGCUCAGAGGAGACGGGAGAACCUCUGUUUUCAUGAACUGGAGGUGUGGCUGCAAAAUACAUGGAUUAGCCUUAGACCAAAUGAAAGAGAACAAUGUGAAACCUAUUGCUCAUUGGGCAUGCAAACUGGUGAAAGUAGAGUCGAUUCACACCAAAUCUCGUGGUCGUGGUGGCUUCCUUGGUGCUAAAAGUUGCAGAUGCUAUAUAUGUACUGUGGAGUGAGGCACUAGCUUUGUUACUUCGACUGAGUAUAAAACUUUCC